AUGGCUGAAGAUCUGGUGCUGGAUACUGCAAUCAGAGACUGGGUGUUGAUCCCUCUCUCUGUGGUUAUGGUUCUCAUUGGUGUGCUGCGCUAUUUCGUUUCUAAGCUUAUGCACUCUUCACAAACCCCAGAUGCUAAAAUUGUUAAGGAGGGGCAAGUGAUCGUUAGAGCUCGCAGUUUACGUGCUGGAGCGAAUUUUAUUCCUUCCAAGGCUUUUCGCGCACGCAAGAUUUAUUUCUGUAACGAGGAAAAUGGUCUGUUGUUUGUUCCAAAGGGCCAGGGCCAGAAUCCACAAGCACAGAUGUUCUCUGAUCCUAACAUGGCCAUGGAUAUGAUGAAGAAAAACCUUUCAAUGAUUAUUCCCCAGACUCUUACGUUUGCUUGGGUGAACUUCUUCUUUUCUGGAUUCGUAGCAGCCAAGAUACCCUUUCCUUUGACACAGAGGUUUAGGUCGAUGUUACAGAAUGGAAUAGACCUUAGCACAGUAGAUGUCAGCUAUGUUAGCAGUCGCUCUUGGUACUUCCUCAAUUUGUUUGGACUAAGAGGAUUGUUUAGUCUCAUCUUGGGUGAAGAAAAUGCUGUAGAUGAUACACAACGUAUGAUGCAAAUGGGUGGAUUUGGAUUUGAUCCUUCAAAGGGUCUGAGUGCUGAGAAAGACAAUCUCGACAUAACACAGCAUGACUGGGCCUUACCGAAUUUUGAGCAUCGUGCUGAAGCUGUGUUAAGGAAAGCCAUCAGUUAACUGUGUUGUUGAAUAGGAAAGCUUAAUUGCUUGCAUUCUAUUAUUGCUGUAGGAGCUGUUAUUUUUGCAGCAAAAGAUUUAAAAGAUCAUGUUGGGAUAAUGAGUGUAGUUUUGAAUCCGAACAUAUUUCAUUUUAUUAUCAGAAAACCUUGGCACGAUUUUGUUGAAGCUAGAACUGAAAUCAUUAAUUCUUGUUUAUUUUUCUUAAUGCUCGUAGCCAUAAGUAAGAAGCUUGAAAGCUUCCUGGAAUUGUUGACUCCUGUAAUGUGUGUCAAGUCCAAUUCUAUCUAUAUACGCUUCAGGUCUUGUAAUGUUUCUUGUAUCUUGUAUGCCAUUUUUAAUUUUCAUUUUAAUGGAGUAAAUUGAUCUUCUGUCUC